UUUAUUUCUGACUCUCGUGCAAAGCGCAACGUCGAAACGGACGGCUCGUAUGGUCGCUCGGUCGCUAAUGUUGUGUGCGUGUGUGUGUUCGGUGUCGGUUUUCGGGUUCGGUGUUUUUUCGUGUGUGUUUUUCGGUGCUUUACAAAUGCAAUACAAAUGCAAAUGCAGUAGAAUUCAAAGUGCAACAAAAACAACAACGAGCUAAAAACCAGUUUCAAUAAGCCAAUAAACCAAUAAGCAAUAAGCCAAACCAAAUACAACAACAACAGCAACAGCAACACUUAAGAGCAACUAGGCCCGUUAGUGCGCCGCCGUGGCCUAUAUUCAAAAUAGAUCAGCCGCAGUCUCAGUUGCUGCCGCCGUCGCAGUCGUCGCCGCAGUCGCAGUUUCAGUCGCCAUCGCCAUCGCCGCAGCCAUCGCAGUUGCAGUCAAAAUGCUAAAAACAACUUCUACAACAACAACAACAGCAGCAGCAGCAUCAGUGGCCGCCGUCGCCUGAGAACGCAGCUAAAAACAAGUUUUAUGCUAAAUAAUAAUAAAUAAAUAAAUAAACGCAUCGCAAUACCAAAAUACAAAGUCGAAGAAGUCGAAAAGGUGCAAGAAAAAAAGAAAAAGAAACAAGUCAAGAACUUGGCCAACGGCAGGAGUCGACCUGGCAAAUACCCAGUGAAGAGUGCAAAAGAGAAAAGCAGUUGAGAGCAAAAAUUUAUUUUGCUCGGCUCUAAAACUGUAAAAGCAAUAGCUCCCAAACCGUAUCAUAAAAUUAAGUUAUUUUUGUAAGCAAAUCUGACUAAAGAACAUUUGCCUUAGCAUACCCGAUUGGCACACUCGUGUUGAGGGUAUCAAAAGUGACCUACAAAUACGGGUUUUGCGCCUUGGAACCAAUAACAGCGACAACGCGUGAGAACUGAGAGGCAAAUGGCAACAGCAACGGCAACAAAAACAAGCGAAAUGCAGGCAACACUUGCGGUUAAGCGACCCGGUCCGCCAGUGCCGCCCAGGCCCAAAACAGCAACAGCAACAGCAACUGCAGCAACUGUAGCAGCAGCAACAGCAGCAGCAGGAGCUGGGGCUGUGGCAGCUGCCACGCCCUGCCCGCCGCUCAUACAAAAGAAGCCCACAUUUGUUAGCCAACUGAGCGCCGUGGGACGCACCUUGGUGUACAAGUCGCCCUCGCUGAAUCUGCAAAAGAAACAGGCGCAAACACAGACGCCCACCAUGGCGCUAGUGAACAGUGCAACGGCAACAGGCACCGCAGCAACAGCAACAGUUGCUCCCGUUACAACAGCUCCACCUGCUGCACCCGCAACGGCGCCGAAGCCUCCGCUGAAGCUGCGCAAGGCGCCCGCUGUGCCCACAGCCAAACCUCGAGAGUCGGUUGUCAGCGUGAAUCGCACCAACAGCCUGACCACUCAGAGCACUCCGCCCCACAAGGACACGCGCCUGAGCCUGGGCAAAGUGGAUUUCGAGCGGGCGGGUCUGUUGCCUGCCGCUCAGCCGCUGCCCAAGCCGCGCAAGAUUGUUCAAAUGCCGGUGGCCACGCUGGACGUGGAGGAUGUGCCCGUGAGCAGCAUCUUUAGGCGCUCCAAGACAACGCUGGACAGUCCGCUGUCCAGCCAGAGCAGUGGAAGCAGCUAUUUGGGCGGCAAAACGGUGGAGUUUAAGAAUAAUCUGAAGAAUGCUGCCGAGCGAUUGUUCUCGGAGAUCAUCAUUAGCCAGACGCAGAAGCAAACUCUGGCCGAUACGACCAUUAUAACCAAGCAUGAGCGCGCCAUACAGCAUCAGGCACUGUUGGAGCAGGAACUGGCGCAGGAGCGGCACAAGCGGCAGCAGCAGAAGCAGCAACAGCAACAGCAGCAGCAGUUGGAGCGGGAACGGAAACAGGAGCAGGAACAGGAACAGUUGAGCCAGGUGAUUCAGGCGGCAGGCAACUGCACGCGCAUCAACAUAAAUACCAGCAACGUCCAGCCUCAGGCCCAGGCCCAGACCCAGCCCAAAUCGAAGCCAAUCAAGAGUUCGGUCAGUGCGGGCAACACGCCCGAGAAGAAGCAUGCCUUCCACGAGCUGCUCAUCUCGGAGCUGGCGGCUAUGCGUAAUCGUGCCUGUUCGCUGGAACAGUUGCCCACCAAGUGGCAGGCCACGCCCACUAAGACACGUCAGCGUUACAAUUCGAUUGAGGAUGCGGAUACGGAGGAUGUGGACGCUGAUAAUGUGGAGGAUGCCGAUGGCGACGAGGAGGACGACACACUGACCUAUGCAGUCAAUAAAUCACUGAAGGAUAAUGCAAAUGGCAGCUCGACGCCACGCAAACGCUGCCCCUCCGGCUGCUCCUCGGACUCGUCACCCUAUGGAACAGAGCGCUCGCAGCGCAUACGUACGUCCGAUUGGAUCGAGGUGGGGGAUAAUGGCAAACAGGUGACCCUCACCAGCUGUCACAUUAGCUUGGAGGACUCCGGCAUGGAGGAUGAGGAACGACUGGACGAUAUGUCAUCGUCGGGCGUGGGCGAUAGCUGGGAUAGUGUCAAGGAAGCUGAGCGAGAGAAUGAGAAGCGUUGUCGCAACGUCAAACGCGGAAUGUCUAUAAGCGGCUUGCCGCCUUUGCCAAAAUCUCUGAGUGGUUUCAACAAGCUGCUCGGCUCUGACUCGGGUCUCUUGAGCGAUGUGGAUGUGGCACAGCAAGAGCUUAACAACAACAACAACAACAGCAGCAACAGCAACGUCAAGAAGGAGAACGACAGCGGCAACAAAUUAGCAAGCCAAAUAGUUAGUGAUAACAACAACAAAAGCAACAGCAGCAGCACCAACAACAACAAUUUGAGCGACGAUAAGCAAGCAUCUAAAGACAGCAGCAGCCAAGAUAAUGCAGACGAUAAAUCAGCAACGGCUACAGCAGACGCUGCCACAGCAACACCAACAGCCACAGCAACAGCCACGGCAACAGCUACGGCUACGGCUACGGCAGCAACAGCAACUCCCAAUGCAAAUGAAAAUGAAAACAAAACAACAACAACAACAACGACGACAUCAACGCCAAGCUCACCUGCAAAAAUCAAUGUAACGGGCAGCACUUUGGACGCGCAGAUAGCGACGCUGCGCAAGGAAAUGUACGGACUGCGUCAACUGGAUCUCUCACUGCUGUCACAAUUGUGGGCGCUAAACGAUUCCAUACAGGAGUUUCGCACGAUGAUCGAGGAGCAGGAGGGCGAGGACGACGACGACGACGAGGAGGAGGAUGCGGAUGCGGAUGAGGAUGUUGAGCUGGAUGAGCAGGGCAAUCGCAGGCAUUCGCCGACGCCCUCUUCGUACGAUUCGGUUAGCUCGGAAGGCGGCGCCGAUGCGGAUCUUGUCAAGGCGAAGCGUCUGGGCACCAUACCAAAGGUCAUUACGACGCAGCCAAAGCAGCUCCAGCCGAAGGGUGAUCUGAAGCCCUUGCCACGAAUGCGCAGCGCACCGCCGCCACCACCGCCGGUGGCGCUGAUGUGCACCGCGCGCAAGGCGGCGGCACCGCCACGGCCCACAUGAUGUUACCUAACCGACUUCCUAGCCGGAGUCAGGAUGGUCAUGUGCAAGGCGAUAGUGAGCGAUGUGCCGACCCCACCAACAGCGACGGCGACGGCGACGUCCGCUGCAUUGGGUAGCACUUGAGCUGGUUGAGCCGAAGCUGGAGCAGCACUUGGCAAGGGCAUUUGGAAGUCGGCUAACGAACAUUGUUAACAUGCACCAUCCCUAGUUAGUUUACACAAACGACAAGCGAUAUACGAUCAACGAUAAACGUUCAUCGAUAGAUCGAUAGGGGAUAACAUUUAUGCAUAUAUACAUAUAUCUCUAUAUAGUCCUAAGACGCAUAGCCUUUAAGUUUAGCAGUCCUUUGUGUGAUCUUCAGUUGUAAGUUUUAUUGUACAUUGCGUGUUUUUAUUUGUAUUUCAGUUUACUUUUGAUUUUCGUUUGUUGGCCCAGGCUCUGCGACAUAAUUUAGGGCUACUUAUUUGGGGUUUACUUAACUGGGGCUCAGCUAAAACCUAUUUAACACCUGCAACUUGAUUGUCUUGAAAAAUAAAAUCUAUAUAUUUUUUGUCUUACGAUUGAAACUAA